AUGGGGAGACCGGCUAAAUCAGUAAAACACUUGCAUCAUCCCCAGACCAAGGCGUGGGAGUGUGGAACAUGCGGCAAGAAGUGCGGUAGCAAGAACCUUCUCGACGAACACGUAAAUACUCACCUCGGCGUGCGACCGUACGUGUGCGGCAUCUGCGGCAAAAACUUCGCCAGCAAGUACACGUACAAGGCGCAUGAGAAGACUCAUGAAUCUCGCCCGAGGCCGUUCAAGUGCGAGCAGUGCGACAAGGCGUUCCUCAACCAACAGAACCUGAAGCAGCACCAGAGGACCCAUAUCGGUUUGAAGGAGUUCUCCUGUCCUCUCUGCGGAAAGCAGUUCGGUUCCGCCCACAACCUCGAAGUCCACUCGAUCGUCCAUUCCGGCAAUAAGCCGUUCGCAUGCAGCAUCUGCUCAAAGGAGUUCGCCCGCAAGGCGGAGGUUAGGGACCACGAAAGAACCCACACGGGUGAGAGGCCGUACCAAUGCGAACUUUGCGGCGUCACCUUCGGCCAGAGGUCCAACUUGCAGUCACACAAGCGCGCCACGCACUACGACGACAAGCGCUAUCAGUGCGACCUGUGCGGCAAGGGGUUCAAGAGGAGGCGGUUGCUCGAUUAUCACAUCAAGGCCGUUCAUACAGGUGAACGACCUUUCAAAUGCGAAGUUUGCGAUGCGACCUUUGUCUAUCCAGAACACUUCAAGAAACAUCGUCGUAUACACACCGGGGAAAAACCCUUCUCGUGCGAAGUGUGCGGCAAGGCUUUCAGUAGCAGAGACAAUAGAAACGCCCACCGCUUCAUCCACUCUGACAAGAAACCAUACGAAUGCAUGGUUUGCGGCGCAGGGUUCAUGCGCAAACCGCCCCUAUACCAGCACAUGCAGUCCCAGGGUCACCACAACGAUACGAUCGUCGUUAAUCAGCCCAGAUUAACGACUGACGAUAAUCAAGUGGUCACCGUCAAUUCGCAAGGCGAAAUGGAGAUCGCUGGCGAAACGACGGAGUCCCAGCUAUACGUUAAAGACGAAGAUAGUAAGGAAUAUGUGAUUCAGAUAAAAUAUCACAAGAAAUAUAUGCAGGUCGAGCCCUGCAUGGCUCAAAACAUUAAACAAGAGGGCGAAGAAGUGAUUACAGUUCAAUAUUCGGACGAUGACAAUUGUCAGAUGCAAAGCGAAGGUCAAGGUGGUAGUGGAGGGGUUGUAGUCGAAAAUUUGACUGAUAACGAUUGUCAAACGCGAAACAAACACGAAAGUGAAGAGGUUAAAAAUGAAUAUAUCGACAUUAAUCAAUUACAUUUUGAAAACAAUAAUGACAAAGGGGAGCACAUAAUCAUUGACGGGCAGCAAAUGAGUUUCGUCGAGAUGGCCAGCGACGAGGAUCAAGGUGAAGUUGUCGCAGAGGUCGAGCCAGUGGCGGAGGGCCUAGAAACAUUCGAUUACAGCGAGAUAUUCACCAGCGACGUUCUGAACGGAAUCGGGACGCAGAUCAUUGAGACGUCAGAAGGGCCGAUUGAGCUCAUAAAUGUUCGAAUCCUGAGCGAAAACGGCGAAGAGACGGAGGCUUGGGUCAAGACAUUACCCAAGUGA